AUGCGCCAAUCCACUCGCGCCACCCGCCCUCGUGACGUCUACGAGCCUGAAGGGCCUCCGCCCAGCACUAGGUGGCGCACCCAGCCUCCCUCUCGCCGUGCUGCCCCGGUGGCUGCCCCUCGACCGCAUGUUGAUGAAGCCACUGUCGUUCGCCAAUCCACUCGCGCCACUCGCCCUUGCGACUUCUGCGAGCCUGAAAGCCCUCCACCACCUGUUCGACCUCUUCUUCCCUGGCCCUCUCACCGUCCUGUCGCCAGACCUGUGCCUAUCCCCUUUGCCAGUAUCAACGGGCCUCAGUCGUCCGAUUCUGAUUUUGACGACUCCGAUGGUGAUGACGGUGCCUAA